AUACCGCAUUGAACCAGGAAACUUCGAGAAAAAGGACAUUAUUCCCACGAAAUCUCAAAUCCAGUGGGCGACCCCUUGUAAUAAUCCCCCUUUUCAGUUUCAGUCCAGUUAAAUACAACGUUUCAAACACAAAGACACAGUCCAAGUCUAUUUUCUUGAAUUUCAGCACAAUUAAAACCCCACCCACCAAGAUUUCGCACCCCCACCGCUAAGAAAAGAAAACAGAGGAGAUAUUUUCAGAAAAGAAGGGGGAAAAAGAUUGAAUUUUUUACCCCUUUAUGGACGCGAGAUUUUUUCUUUUGAUUUUUCUCUGUUUUCUUGUUCAAUUCUCUCAUGGAAGAGAAUCAGUGUUGAAAUUGACGAGUGGUGGUUCUUUGGCUGCGUUUGAUCCGACCCGGGUCACUCAAAUCUCUUGGAACCCCAGGGCCUUUCUGUACAGAGGAUUUUUGAAUCAUAAGGAGUGUGAUCAUCUCAUUGCUCUGGCUAAAGAUAAGCUGGAGAAAUCUAUGGUAGCUGACAAUGAUUCUGGCAAGAGUAUAGAGAGUGAGGUCCGUACGAGUUCAGGCAUGUUUCUGGGGAAGGCUCAGGAUGAAAUAGUUGCUGGUAUCGAGGCAAGAAUUGCAGCAUGGACAUUCCUCCCUAUAGAGAAUGGGGAGGCUAUGCAGGUUUUGCAUUAUGAACAUGGCCAAAAGUAUGAGCCACAUUUUGAUUUUUUCCAUGACAAGGCCAAUCAAGAAUUGGGUGGUCACCGAGUAGCUACUGUGCUAAUGUAUUUAUCAGAUGUUGCUAGGGGAGGAGAAACAGUGUUUCCUAAUUCAGAGGAGAAAGAUAAACAGCCAAAGGGCGAUGACUGGUCUGAUUGCGCUAAAGAGGGUUAUGCAGUGAAACCAAGGAAGGGUGAUGCUCUAUUGUUUUUCAGUCUUCAUCCUGAUGCAACUACUGAUAACACGAGCUUGCAUGGGAGCUGUCCUGUCAUUGAAGGCGAAAAGUGGUCCGCCACCAAGUGGAUUCAUGUGCGGUCUUUUGAUACGCCAGUAUCCAGUUCAUCGAGUGGUGACUGUGUCGACGAGAAUCCAAACUGCCCUGCAUGGGCUCUUAGAGGAGAAUGCGAAAAGAAUCCUCUGUAUAUGAUUGGGUCUAAGGAAGGCAACGGCUAUUGUAGGAAGAGCUGCAAAGUGUGCUCAUCUUAGUAACAUUUCUCCAGCCUAUUUUGCAUAGGAAAAGUUGAAAAUGUUCAGUUGUACAUGAAAGAGGUCAUUGUACUGUUUCGUUAGAACAUUUCAUCAACUCUAAAUCAAAAAGUUGCAUUAAACUAAA